AUGGGUGAACAGCUGAGCGAUCCUGUCAAAGUGAUCGAGGAUAACCAAAGCUGUAUCCAGUUCGUAACGUCAGAACGCAAGAGUCGUCGGUCCAAGCACAUUGAGGUGCGGGGACAUUUCGUGAAACAACUGUGUGAUGACGGAUGCAUCGAGUUACAGUACUGUCCAACUGAAGACAUGGUGGCUGAUGUACUCACUAAACCGUUCAGUAGUUACAAUUGCACGACGCGUUUUGCAGUGUACGAUUCGUGGGGCAAAUGGCCGUCGGGGCAGUUUUCCGGAAAUCAGUACGACUUUGGAAACUACGAUCAAUGCCGGGAGUACGUCCAUCAACAUGCCGACGUUGGGCUGAUAUCGGGACGAUACUGCAUGGUCGUAGUUGCGCAAGGAUCGGAGCUCAAUCGAAUCUUUAUCGACACUGGAGGGGUCGACGGAGCUGUAGUUGGUAUGUGUUUUCCAAGAUUCUGCGAUGGAGAAGUUUUAAAUGAGCCAGUGGCUGCCAUCUUGGAAACGGUCUACCAAAUCAGUGCAAAAGAGCUGCAGAUACAAUGCGAAGUGGAGGCUGAAGUGUCUCGAACGGGCAGAAUUAUGGCAUUAACCAUCUUUUCGUUGAUUGCAGCUUUUGUAGUCAUUGGCACUAGUUAUGAUGUAAUCUCGCGUAGUCCGAACCACAUACUCUCUUCCUUCUCAGUAUAUUCAAAUUGGUUUAGGUUGAUGAAAACUUCCAAAAUGCCUUUCCAAGAUAAGAACAAUCACGGAAAAUCCAACAUAAUCGAAUCGAUUCACGGCGUUCGAGUGUUGGCCAUUAUGUGGAUCAUCCUCGGUCAUAGCUAUAUGCUGGUGAUGUCGGCGCCGUUGAUAAAUCCAAUUGCUACUAUCGAUUGGUUGGAAUCUUUCCACAGCACAUUGAUCAUUGCCGCUCCUCUUUCGGUGGACACGUUCUUCCUUCUAAGUGGAUUGCUCACUUGCUGGAAUCUUCUGAAAGAACUAGAUCGAAACCGGUUGCUUAACGUUCCGUUGAUGUAUCUUCAUCGAUAUCUACGACUAACGCCAGUUUUUGCCGCUCUGAUCCUGUUCACGGUAGGGAUCCUACCCAAAUUCAGUUCCGGACCGCUUUGGAAUACUUCGCUGAAACUGUCAGUUGAUAUGUGUAAUCGGUACUGGUGGCCUGCACUAUUAUACGUGCAGAAUUACGUAAAUCCCGACCAGAUAUGCCUCGGACACUCAUGGUAUCUAUCUGUGGAUAUGCAGUUGUUUCUUCUGUCACCUCUACUGAUCUACCCCCUAUGGAAAUGGGGAAGCAAAGUGCUCGUACUGGUCGGCCUUCUGAUCCUCACAUCUGUAGUCUACAUUUUUGCAAUGUUCAUGAUCUACGACUUUCCAGCUAGUAUUCUAAUAACAGAUUUGACCCGAGAUAACCUCACUUAUCUGCCUACGCACACACGAAUGGGUUCAUGGAUGGUCGGACUGGUAACUGGCUUCGUUCUAUACCGAACCAAAGAUAGGGUUGUUCGUCUAUCGAAGGUCCAAAUCAUCCUGGGAUGGACCCUUUCCCUAGUGGCUCUAGUUGGAUGCAUCAUCGGUGCUCAUUACGUCAAUCAACUGGUCCCCGGAAGCAACGCCCAAAUUUUCAACGCAUUGUACGAAUCCUUUAAGCACGUCCUCUGGCCUGCAGGUGUAGCGUGGAUUAUAUUCGCUUCCAGCAACGGAUUCGGGGGUCCGGUCAGCAGCGUCCUGUCCAUGGCAAUCUGGCAACCUCUCGGUAGGCUAUCGUACUGCCUAUAUCUGCUGCAUCUGCCUAUUCAAACGAUGCUAACGGCGUCCACUAGAACGGUGCGCCAUUUCAGCGACCUUCGAGCGGUGCAUACCUUCUGGGGCGAUCUGUCGUUAACGCUAUUGGCAGCGAUUGGUUGGACAUUGUGCUUCGAAAUCCCUUUUGCGAAUCUGGAUGCACUGCUUACGAGCAAGGGUAAAUACAACUCAAUUGCUGUAUGA